AUGUCUGGACUGGGAGCACCGACGAAAGAGACUUCACUGGUGUCACUACACUAUCCAAUGCUCACGAGGAGCAACUACACAACAUGGGCGAUCAAGAUGAAGGUGUUCAUGCGUGCACAAGGCGUUUGGGACGCUGUCGAGCACAAUGACCCGAAGGAAAAGAUGGACGUGAAGAAGGAUCAGAUAGCGCUUGCCGCCAUCUAUCAAGGCAUCCCAGAGGAGACGCUACGAGCAAUAUCCGAGAAGGAAACUUCCAAGGAGGCAUGGGAGUGCAUCAAGAUGAUGUACCAAGGUGCCAAACGUGUCAAGGAUGCUCGUGUUCAAACCCUCAGAGAAGAGCUUGAUGGCUUGCGGAUGAAGGACACGGAGUCGGUCGAUGACUUCGCAAUGAAGGUGAAUUCCAUCGUCAGCACAAUUCGUGGGCUCGGCGACAAGAUGGAGGACUCGUAUGUGAUUGUUGCUUCAAUCGAGCAAUUCGGUGACCUCGAGACCAUGACAGUUGAGGAGGUCUUCGGCAGGCUCCGGGCGUACGAAGAAAGGUUACGUGGCAAUGACGACGACGUCGACAUCAAUGCUGAGCAUCUGUUGCUCACCCGAGAGCAAUGGAGAGCUAAGGAGCAGAAGAAUUGUGGUGAAGGCUCCUCCAACAGCGGCGUACAAGGCAACAAGAAUGGGAAAAUCGACAAGGCUAAAGUGAGGUGCUACAAGUGCAAAGAUUAUGGGCACUACCAGUGGGAAUGCGAGGAGUCGAAGAAACAGGAGAAGGCGUUGUUCAUGGCUACAGAGGAGGAUGACCACCCAGCGCUGCUCUAA